CUUGGCACCGAGGGCCUGUGUGUCAAGCGGUGUGUCGGCGGGUAUGGCCGCAAAUUAACACGGGUCUAGUGUAAAGAUACUCCCAUUCCUUCUUGCAGUUACCCUCGCUCAUCCCCCACCGCACCUCCGAAAGGCCUUGGCCUCCUACGCGCCCAAGCGAGUGUCGACAGGUUCGGAGAGGGUCAUGGAAGCGCGGCCGCUGGCCCCACGGAGCUUCCUCUGCCGGACGCUGAGUCCUUUCCCUCGGGUGUUUGCUGCUGAAGCUGUGGCCGCCGAUCCCAAGGCUCUUGUAGAGGACCAGGAACUGUCUUCCUUCGUCUCAGAACCCCAAUACCCGGAAUCCGGAUGGGACCGCCUCCGGGAGCUGUUUGUCAAAGAUGAACAGCAGAGAACUUCAAAAGAACUUCAGGAUAUUUAUAAGGCAGCAGCUUCAGCAGGCAUCAUCGGCUGGGCAUAUGGGGGAAUACCAGCAUUUAUUCAUGCUAAACAGCGCUACAUUGAGCAGAACCAAGCAGAAGUUUACCACAACCAGCUUGAUGCUGUGCAAUCUGCCCAUCGUGCUGCUACACGAGGCUUCAUCCGGUAUGGCUGGCGCUGGAGUUGGAGAACGGCCAUGUUUGUGACUAUAUUCAAUACAGUGAACACUGGUCUAAACGUUUACCGAAAUAAAAAUGCCUUAAGCCAUUUUGUCAUUGCAGGAGCUGUCACAGGAAGUCUUUUUAGAAUAAACUUAGGCCUGCAUGGCCUAGUAGCUGGUGGCAUAAUUGGAGCCUUGCUGGGCACUCCUAUAGGAAGCCUGUUGAUGGCACUUCAGAUGUACUGCGGUGAAACAGUUCAGGAGAGAAAACAGAAGGAUCGAAAAGCAUUCCAGGAGCUGAAACUGGAAGAACGGAAAGCCAGACUACAAUUGACUGAGCUCCUCCCUGAAGAAAUUGAAAGUAAUAUACAGAAAGAUCGAUCCAAGGAUGAUGCUCAGAAAAUUGAAGCACUGCUAAAUCUUCCUAGAAACCCUUCAUCAGCAGAUAAACAAGACAAAGACUAAACAUGCUCUGGACUUGAAACUCAGUGGAGAGCUGAAGAGAGCUAUGUCACCAUGUCUGUAGCGUGCCAGUUGCUUGGGCUGCUGACACGUGUAAGCACUGGCAUCUGUAGUGGCACAGUGACUUGCUCUUGCUUUUUUGUAACCAAAAAUUGGGCUCUUGUACUCUUACUUUACUCUUCCUUAGAUUUAAGUACAUACUUGUAUCUGCAUUGAUUGAUCAAUAUAGAUUUCCUUUCUCCGGAUUUUACAGUAGUAAAUUAAGAUUUCCAAAAAGAUUAAAGUUGAAUUCUACAGGUUGUAAAUUUAUUCUUGUAGCCCUUUAAAAGAGUACUGUACUGAUCCCUAGGAGAAGGAGAAGAAAGAACCAGGUAAGGCAGAUGAUCUGUGAAACCCCUGUACCCUCGAGUCCUAGAAACAGUAAAGACCUAAAUGUGUAGUUGCGUUUGAUUUUGUUUUAAUACAAAUCAGACAUGGUUUCUAUGCCAUUUGAAAUAAAAUAAAACUUAACAAAAAGGAAGUAGAUAAGAAUUAUUAAAGA